GCACAAUCACCGCGUCUGAAAUUACAGGGACGCAAUUUCUCAUCCAAUCUGAUUUUAAGCCCUCCCUCCCAUCUCCGCCCGUGGGCGCUGCCUCCUCGCCUCAGCACAGCCGCCACACAUACCCAUCCGAGCACGCCUCCCAUACUCCUCUUUUGAAGCCGCCGCCGACGUCCCUACCUCCUCCUCCGCCAGGUGCACAUCAGGGUGAGGCCCUGCUCCCUCUCUUCGCAAUGAUGGGAGACAUCAGUGGUGGCCGUGGAUCUGGCGGCGACGUGGACAGAUUCCUCCUCUCUCUCCCCAUGUUGCUCCAGCAGGUGCAGCGCGCCUCGAGGUGCUCGCGGGUAUGGCUGCAGCAAACGCCGGUUGGUCGUCUUCGAGGCUGUCCAUGCAUGAACCACCUAGGCGAGCGAGCAGAGACGAGCAAGCGUAUUCCUGCAGUUGAGCCUCCCCGCCUCCAAGCUGUGUCCUAGAUGAGGUCGUCGCUCCUUCGAUCUGUACCCUAGCUCGCCUCCCUCUGUAGGAGACCUACCUCGACAAGGUUGUGGGUCGCCUGCUCCAAGUACAAGGACGCAGGUGAGGUAGGCGACACGAUGCUGCACAUGGUGGCGUCGAUGCUGGAGUCCCUGAAUGACUAUAUAGCUCUUUAUUAUCUAUGUUGAAUGACUGAAUGGUGACGCUAUACUGAAUCUGUUAACUCCUCAGCCCUUCACCACAUUGUUUGUUUUGAUAUUCUAUAGUACCGGGAUUAAGUUACCUAGAUUCAGAAGUUACUUUAAUAGUUUGGGUGGCUGGGUACUUCCUGUAUGAAGCAUAGUUUUCUUAAAUCCCAGCUUUCUUGCUGCACGUAGCUGUCUCAGUUCAUAUAUACCUAGCUACAUUUUACUCGUACAUCAUAUAGGAUGCAGUCCAGGUUAGGAAAAGGAGGCCUUAUAGUCCAAGACAAUAUUUUCUCAACUCUAGGCCAACUUUGCUACUAAUGAGAAUCAUCGACAAGUUGCAUUUUUCCUUGUGGGUAUUAGGAACUGUUCAAUACUUCUGUUUAACAUGCUCAAGUAACUUUGUAGCAUAACAAGAGUCAUCUUAUCUUAUGAAGUACUUCAAACUUUGCUUGUAUUCUUGAGAAUUAUAUUAAGGACCUGACACUUGGAAUCUAAUCUAUCCUGAAUCUCGCAUAGGAACGAUUUUCCAGACUGAAGAUAGUAAAGUGUGUAGGUCCAUUCUUACAAGUUGACGAUCCUUCUCUUGGACACCAACCCUGUAAUUCUGUAUUUGGGAAAUACAUUGUUUGCGUGAUUGACAGGUAAGGUAUGCAAUAGCACAGCUCUUUGAAUUACAAUGGCAAUAUAUUUUAUAAGACAAGUUAUAGUUUCUCAAGCUGCAUCCUUCCCUUAGAAAAUUAAAUUUCCAACAUGGAAUAGCUGCAGUUGGUGCCGGCAAACAUUUUAGGUUACAAAUUAUUUUGCUUUCAAUAUUUAUGUGGUAUUAACAGGUGUACAACAACUAGAUAGGGGGAGAGGAAUAGAGAGGGGGGAGGGGGCGGUGGUUAUUUAACAUGCAUGAGGAUCAUAAGUAUAUGUUUGACACAAUUGAUGUUGAACCACUAGAUUUGUAUGUCCGGCAUGAUUGAUAUUUGAACCACUAGAAUUUGUAUGUCCGACAUGAUUUGAAGCACUAGAAUUUGUAUGUCCUGACAUGAUUGAUGUUUGAAUCACUAGAAUUUGUAUCCCGUUGCAACGCAUGGGCACUUAGCUAGUAUAUAUAUAUAUAUAUCUUUAUCUUUAUCUACUAAUAAACCAGCUAUCGCUUCUGGUCGUCCGUUGUGGUUGUUUUGCAAAAAAGUCCCUUGAUUUACAGGAAAUCAACCCGCGGUCCCUGUUUUAGUGGCACCCAGAAAAAACGUUUCACUUUUACAAACAAAACCCUAUAGGCAUUUCAAUUCAGUCCGCAAUCCUUUCCUUCCUCUUAUCCACUCUGCGCCGGCGGCUACGCCCAUUCCGUCGUGCGCCGGCGGCCGCCGUGCCUGGCACCGGAGGAUGGAGUGCGCUCGCCGGGAGGAUGGACGGCGCGGAGAGGCGCGCUCGAGCCUGAGCUCCUGUGCCCGCGCCUCGCGCCUCCUUGCACCGCUCCGGCGGCCUCACUCGCCACACGCCGUCGCCGGCGACCACAAGCAGCGACCGUCGCACCUCUCUGCGCGCCACCCCGAAGCCCCAGGCACGCCGCGCUGCCGUCCCCCGCAACCCCGGCCUCCUCCUCGACCUCGCCUCUCCGUGCGAACAAACGACGUCGCCGGCGGCGGCCUCGGCCACCAUGCUUGAGCUGACGAGCGCCGACCGCACGGGGCUCAUCUCCGAGGUGUUCGACGUGCUAGACGACAUGAGCUGCAGCGUCGUCGAUGCCAGGGCGUGGUCGCAUCGCGGCCGCCUCGCCUGCCUCGUCUACCUGCGGGACGAGGAUGUUGCCGCAGCCGUUGUGGAGCACAUCGAGGCCCGCCUCGCCUCCCUCCUCCGCGGAGACUCGGAAGCCAGCAGCGGCGCCGUGGCUGCCGUCCCCGCCGGCUCCAUCCCGCACGCCAACCGGCGCCUCCACCAUCUCAUGUAUGCCAGCGGCGACCAGGAGCACGCGUUCCCAACUCCCACGGUGCGUGCUCAUGGAUCUCGAGCCCGACACCAUGGGCUCCGUGCACAAGGGGCCCUACGGCCAGAUCUUCCGCCCUGACAACUUUGUCUUCGGCCAGUCCGGCGCCGGCAACAACUGGGCCAAGGGCCACUACACCGAGGGCGGGGAGCUCAUCGACUCCUUCCUCGACGUCGUCCGCGAGGAGGCCGAGAAUUGCGCUGCCUCCAAGGUGUGCCACUCCCUCGGCGGGGGCACCGGUUCCAAGAUCAGGGAGCAGUACCCGGGCCGGAUGAUGCUCACCUUCUCCGUGUUCCCAUCUCCAAAGGUCUCUGACACGGUGGUCGAGCCCUACAACGUCACUCUCUCGGUUCACUGGCUGGUGGAGAACGCCGACGAGUGCAUGGUGCUGGACAACAAGGCGCUCUACGACAUUUGCUUCCGCACCCUCAAGCUGACCACACCUAGCUGUAAGCAAAUCUGUGACAUCAAGCUAUAUUACCUGCCUGUACUUUUUUACCUGCCUGUACUUUUUUACUAAUGUGAAUGCUAAAUGAAUAAAAGAGAUAGAGGAUUAAUACACUGACUCUGGCUUGGCAACUUUAUAUUGGUUUCUUGACCGAGAUUCUGGUAAGAUGGAACCAUGAUUUGUGAUAGUCUAGCGAUUAGUAGAAAGCGAACUGUAAAAUCAUGUGCUUUGCAACUCUUGUCAUAAUCAUAUACAUAGGAUUAGUUCAGUUUAAAGCAGGGAUUCAGAUUGCUCUACUGUGGCACACAUUGUCAAUUAGUUAAGUGAGAUCAAAAUAGAAGUGCAGAUUUGGUGGCAAAACAUUCUAUAGGUGAGCAGUUAACCGGUUUGUUGUUACAAGGUGCUCUGGUUUUUUUAGCACACCAAUUGGCUGCACAUUGUACUUCUAAUAGUGAUUUUUUAUUAAUGUGAGAUCUAAGCUCAAUAGUUCACACAACUUGGGAGGCAAUCCUGAAAAGGAGGAGAGCACUUGAAAUAGGCUUAGUGAAGAGAAUUUGAGAUAGCACAACCAAACAUAUUUGGGUUGACCACUGAAUACCUAAUGUCCCAGGGAAUUUCAAGGGUGAGGAAGCUGAGUGAACUGUUUUCUGCUGACAGUAGGUGGUGGAAUGAGGACACUCUCCAAGAGAACUUCUUAACACCAGACAUCUGGGUGAUAAAGAAGACCCCUCUUGGAAAAUUGGACCAGGAUAUGUGGGUGUGAUCCAGAAUUUUAUGCCUGUCAGGGCUAACUUGCACCUCCAUCCCUACGCCCCUUUGAUUACAUUUGCAAUUCAAUAUGCAAAUAAGCUGGAUGCUUGGAUGCCCGUGGUGAGUGAAGUAUGGCUUUAGUCUAUCGGUUAAGCUGACUAACUGUUUCAAAAUCUUGAACUAAUGUUUUUUGUGACACCUGAACUGAAGUUGGUCAUGCUAACAAAACCUUCAACUUAUUAGAACAGAAAUUGUAACAGCAGUUUAGCUUAUUGUUCUGUGAAGUAACUACUGUUGUACCAGGAAAUUUUGUGCACGUGCAUUCAAUUACAGGUUAUCCGAGCCUGCUUGCACUUGCAACUGAUCAAUGCCGAUCCAGUUGUUCUCAGGAUAGAUAAAAAUCAGUUCUUGUUCAUUAUAGAGGGCAUCCAACAUAAAUAAGAUUUUUAAAUCUGACAAAACAUUUUUAUUGUACAAUUCAGUCUGAAAGAUAAGAGCAAACUUAUCUGCCACUAUAGAGGGAAUCAAACGUAAAAUAGGUGACAUGCAGAUAUUGACAUACGAUUACAUUUUUAUGGCAUUACUAAUCCAGUUAUGGUUCCAUUGUUGUCGCACACCGAACGUUCAAUGAAUUUCUUGAAGAAAAUGUGUGGAGUCUUUUGUUGUGUGCUUCAACCAGGUAAAAUCCUAUUGGUUAUUCUAAUCAUACAAUCUUCCGAUCCAAUUUUGUGAGCUUAGUACAGUAGGAUUCUUAUUUUUGUAAGGCUUCCCAGUAGAUAUAUUGGAGCUGCCCCUUCCUCUUCUACUGUUCUAUCUCUACUUCUUUCCCUUCUACUUGAUAGUCAAAAAUUUAGUACAUCUCCAUGCUCAUGGUUCUUCAGCAUAUAUAGUCUACUAUGUAAUUCUCUGUACAACCCAUUUAACUCUGCAACAGCCACUAAAAUAUAUCUGUAAGCUUGCAUAGGAAUAAUUCAUUUUUUUAUUGUUGUUUGGUUAUUGUGGUUCACAGCCAAUUUCUUUAGGCUUUAAGCAUAUGGUAGGAUUACACUAACAAUCCGAGUAAAUAGUAUUUGGUCCUUUUGAUUAUGUUUCAUGGCAAUAAGUAUGUUUCCUUGUGGUGCAAUUUGUUUCCUGCAACUGAUAACUCAAUUUUUUUGCAGGGAGGUAACUACAUUUCUUCCGUUGCUGAAAAAGCUGAGGUGAAUUCUAUGACAGUGAGGGUUGAUGAUAGGAGCACAAGUAAUUCUGAUUGCAGAGAAGAUGAACCAUGCAAAAACUCAAGGUGGAUCAUGGUGGCUUCACUGCUGGCGGAACGACAGAGGGUUUGAAUGCUACCAGGGUGAUUCAAAGGGAGUAUAUAGGUUAGACGAGCCGCUGACAAAGACAGGCCUCUAUUCUAAAUUUUUACUUGCAAAGAUGGACCAUCAGCUACAUAAUAUGUUGGCUAAACUCUCACAGGUUUGGAGUCGACCAAGGAAGUCACAGUUUAAGAGCUCGAGGAGGAGGGGCGUGUGGAGGUUCCCGCCGCCAGUGGCUGCACUGCUGGUCUUCGUCGCCUGCUCCUGUCAGAUCCAGCAUGACCUACCCUAUCGAUUCUCCGUCGCUUCACUCUGCUUCAUGUGCAUAUGUGCAGAGAAGAUGACGACCCUGCCCCUGUUCUUCGCCAGCCACACUCUCCCUUAUGCGGUAAUAAAUCUCAAGAAAUGCCCUUUUCGUUUACAUGAACAUCAAACCUACUUUUUUGUUUGAUGUUGGUGCAUGUCCAGCCUGAUAUGUGUGUUUGGCUGCUGCUGUGCGAUUGCUGGCUGUGUUGCUACUUGUGGCAAUAGUUAUUUUGUUUAAGUAUGUGGGACGACAAUGCUUCUGUCUUUUGGUGGAAUCAUUUUCCUUUUAAUUUAAUUACCUAAGAAAAAAUUCUAUAUUUUCUUACUUCCCUUUCUUUGUUGUUUUCAUGGCUGACUAUUUGAAGUUAUCUGUUCACUUAAGCAGUUCUUGCCUGCGGGCAAGUUUUUGUAUGUUCAUCUAAUAAUGGAAAAGAUUCAAACCUUCAA